AUGUUCCUCCAACGAUCCGCCAUCACCGCCGCCCGCCGCGUGGCCGUCGCCCCCCUGGCGAAGCGCGCCUUCACGACGUCCUUCAUCCAGCGUGACGCCGUCAAGUCUGCCUCUGCCGCCGCCGAGGUCAGGGCCGUCAACCCUUCCAAGACGUUCUCUCAGGUGAAGACCGAGGAUGACCUCAUUGGCCCCGGUGCCCAGGCCGGCUCCAUUCCCACCGAUCUCGAGCAGUCCACUGGUCUCGAGCGUCUCGAGAUUCUCGGAAAGAUGGAGGGUGUCGACAUCUUCGACAUGCGCCCUCUCGACGCCUCGCGCACCGGCACCAUGGAGAACCCCAUCAGCGUCCGCUCCGCUGGUGACGAGCAGUACCUCGGCUGCACUGGCUCUCCCGCCGACUCCCACGUCGUCAAGUGGCUGACGAUCUCUCGCGAGCGCCCCAUCGAGCGUUGCCCCGAGUGCGGCAGCGUCUACAAGAUGGAGUACGUCGGUCCCCAGGACGACGGCCACCACCACGACCACCACCACGGCCACGAGGAUGUCAAGACCUUUGCCGACUUCAUCAAGCCCGAGUACCGCUACCUUUAA